GGAACAAGUGUCUAGCCCUUUGAGUGCUCAAAUCUUGGAGUUUUGUGAAUCAGAUUUAUUCCAAGAGACCAAUAUACAAAACUCUGAUGUUGCUUCUGCAUCUAAUUGUUGUUAUGAAGAACAAUCAUCUUAUGUCAACAGUAUAUCUUUCCCUCCUGAUAUGAUCAAAUACCCUACCCCACCCACCACCACAACCGCGACCACCACCACCACCACCGACGAUGCCAACGGUAACUAUCCCGGCUUAUUCGAAGAAAAGAACAUAGAGAAUGAAAUUUCUGCCCCUCAAGAUUUCUCAAACCUCCCUGAAUAUCCUUUUAGUCAUCAAGAUCAAUUUGAUCUCUCUCUACUCCAAAACCAACUUCAAUACGCGAUGGACGGUCCUAUCAUGCCAUACCCUCAUCCGAAUGAUCAAACCGAUGUCUUGUCUAUGAUGGGAUUAUGCGAAAACGAGUGCAUGUCCAUGCCACCUUCCAAGUGCAUGCGCUUGAACAACAUCCCUUCAUCCCCUAACCAUUGUUUCCUUGAUCCUCCCUACUUCCCAUCCAGGAACUCAAACUCCAUGUUACCGAUCGAAAGUUGUGGGAUUUUUAAUGGGAGUUUGUCGUUCACAAACGAAAUUCAAGCGCAUGAACUAGAUUUCCUUGGCGAUAAUGGUGGCGUCUUCUUCCCGGAUCCCCUCCCACGACCUUACAACUCCAAUGAACUCCAGGCACUUAGCAAUGAAAGCCAACAUCUUGUUAACAAUGGAGGUGGAAGUUGUAAUCAUCCAUUAGCACCUCCAGAAAUCACAAGUUUGGAAUCUGAAAGCUUUAGAGGCACAACCAAACUAACGAGCGAAGAGCGAAAAGAGAAGAUUCAUCGAUACAUGAAGAAACGAAACGAGAGAAACUUCAGCAAGAAGAUCAAGUAUGCUUGCCGAAAAACCCUAGCAGACAGCAGGCCUCGAGUGAGAGGAAGGUUUGCCAAGAACGAUGAAUUCGGCGAACACCAUAGAAACUCCUGCAACACCCAUGAAGAAGACACCGAUGAAGAUGUUAAAUCUAUGCAUGUGAUGGUGAAGGAAGAAGAAAAGCUGGAUUCAUCAGACAUAUUUGCACAUAUAAGUGGCUUGAAUUCAUUUAGAUGCAACUACCCAAUCCAGUCUUGGAUUUAAUCAAACGUAGUACAGUUUUGCAUGACCUCGUACCAUUGUGUUGGAAUAUAGGGUGUGUACAUACAUAUAUAUACAUAGUUAUAUUUUAUUUAUAUAAUAAUGGUGUCAAAUUGUUCAAACCUAUGUGCUCCUAUUGACAAUUUUGUAUAUAAUGCGUCGUUGUCAA